AUGAAAUCGCAGGCAAGAAGCCGCCAGGAGCAGGAGAGGAAGGUCGAAAAACUCGUUGCCUUCGCAACAACCCUCGCCCGCCGUCUCCACCGCCGCCUCUCCACUCCACCCUCGGCCACCGCCGCUUCCGCAACAAACAACAACAACAACAACAACAACAACAACAACAACAACAACAACAACAACACGAGCGACGACGACGACGACGACGACAUCGGCGACGAAAUCAGGAGGAGGAGAAGAAGAAGCAGCAACAGCAGCCUCGACAACACCCUCACCGACCUCGUCCCGGCGCUCUCCACCCACCUCGCCGCCACCUUCCCGCUCGCCGUCCCCGCGGCCCUGCUCCUGCCCAGGCGCGACGCGCUCGACCGCCUCGCCAGCGACAUUUGGAACGCCGCGACGCGGUUGGGGCGGGAGCAGCAGCAACAACAACAAUCACACGACCGCGCGGCGGCGUCGUCGUCGUCGGUGGCGGAUAAAGAUAAGAAGGUUGUGUGUAAAGUGCGGGCGUUUGCGGUGCUGGUGUUGGAUGCUGUGGCGCGUUGCGGCAACAGCGGGAGGGAUGAAGGAGGCGAUGAUGAAGGGAGGAGAGGGGGUGGUGCGUAUGGUGGGAAAGAGGUGGAAAAGGGCGUGAGGGUGUUGAAGGUCGCGUUGAAGGCGGGGAGGUGUUGUUUGGAGGCGGGGGUGGUGGAGGAGGGUGGUCUGUUGAGGGUGUUGGAGUGUGCGGCGGACUGGGAGAGCAGGUUGAAGGGGCUGGUAGAGGGCGAUGGGAGAGAAGGGGGUGCGGGUCUGAGAACGGUGGAUGUUGAUUUGGUGGAGAUCGUGGGGAGAUUGAGGGCGGAGUACUGGAUUCUGAGGGUGGUGCAUGCUUGGAGGCAGUCACGGCUCGAUCUCGCAGAGCACAUGUUCUCGCGGAGUGACCUCGAACGGAACCGGCUUGCAGCAGACACGGGGGAUAUGCUGACAGAUACACUUUUCGAGAUUGGCAGGGACAUGUUCAGCAAGCGCAGGUAUGAGGACGCUGUGAGAUGGCUGGAUCGCGCCUACGACGUCAUCGGAGAACGCAAUGCAGAAGAUCUGGAUCACGAUUCCGUGGAGCUGCGACUGGCUAUUCUCAAUUUCCUUGUCCGCGCCUGUCUUAAGCUGAAUACUACGGAGUCGCGAGAUAAGGCUCGUGGUAUCGUCGACUUGCUCGAGUUCGACUCCGGUGAUAAGAUGGUCGUUCAACUCCUGAAGCUCGACGUCAUCUCAUCGGAUCCAGAAUUCGAAGUCGAGCAGUAUUACAAUGUCGUGAUUCGAAUGAUACGGUCGAUCCUACUUACAGACGCAAACUUCAGAACCGUCAUGCACCACACUCACAUUAUCAAGGGAAAGAGUCCUGUGCUAGCCUGUAAAGCACUCGACAAGUUGCUUCACGAGAAACUUUUUAAUCAUGAAAAUGCUCAAUGGAUUGAGAAAGUUGCCGUUACGCAGAUAUGGAUCCUUGCCGAAUCAGAAAAUGCCCAGCCUCCAGAAUCACUCUCAGCCCUUUUGGAAGCUGUGUUGCAAAACUCGCGACCGUUCGACGUUCCAGCGACGCAUGCUGCGCAGACCAUUCUUUGGAAGAAAAUCGAGACCCUUUACAGCCAGGGGAAAUAUCUCGAAUCGGAAUCCUGGUGCAAAAUUGCACUUCAUCCUCUUCUCGCCAAGGCUGGAGACUCAAACAAGGCGAAGAUAUCCAGAAAGGUCAUAUUGUGCGCUUUGUCCAGACAGGACCACCAUACCGCCCGCAAAGUUUUUUUCGAUAUGCCGGAGGGCGAAAGGAACAGCCCGAUUACUCGAUACUUGAUGUACAAGAGCGCCAUUCGAGACCAGCAGCCUGAUUUUGCCGCAGAGUGCCUCGACGCCAUAAGUAAGCAGUCAGGUCGAGACUGCACACUCUUGUAUGCUUGUGUUGUUGAAGCCCAGGAGCUGCGGAACCAACAAAGUGCCAUUAUCGCUCUUCAGAGAGCUUUGGAAAGAUACGACUACGGUGCGCCUCUUGGUAUACAUCUCCCAGCACUGCUUCGAUCAACCAUUAGGCUCCUUGUCAGCCAAAUGAGCUCAUCUCCGGAUUUUAAGAACGACUCAAUCAAGGAAUUGUGCAAAGUUUUCGAAGGAGCGGCGGCCCAAGCUACCAAGGAUAGGACACCCCGGCCAAAUAAAGAGCAGUCGGAACCGACCUUCACUGAGAAAGAACUUGAGUGGUUUUCACGAAACAGCUACAACCUUGCACUUAAAUACAUCGACUCAACACACCCGACUUAUCUUCUAUGUCUACUUGAUAAGUGCAUUCAGUUCAUCGGCCUCCUUCAAACGGCUUCAAGGAAACCAGACAGCGGCGCUUCUGCUCCAGACCUCACUCUCCGGCUCUUACUAUGCCAUUAUCUGGCUUCAUGCGCAGCUGUCGUGCUGGCAAGAUCUACAGACUCAUUUCCGGAGUCAUUGAACGCUUACACAACCGCCUCAAAGCACGCCUGCGCUUUUCGAACCAUCGUUGCUCCUCUUCUGCGAACUUCCGCCUCCACGAAUACCACUGGAUCGUUUGCCAAUGCCAAUCAGCCGGUCGAUCUAGGUGUAGCUACCAAGACAGAUCUUGCCGCCAAGAGGGCACAACUCCUCCGAUACGAGCUGGAGUCGGCAUUGAAGCGGAGUGACUGGGACGGCCUUGACGCCCUUUGGGACGAGUGUUUCGACAUCCAAGACGCCGCCUCCUGCGGAGCAGCCAAGGGAAGUAGUAGUAGCAGCAGAAGCAACUGGUACGUCCGCCACCUCGAAACGCUCGCCGAUCUAGCCCUCGUCAUCCACGCGGAACUCAUGCACAAAACCGACCCGGCAACCGCAACAGCAACCGCAACCCACCGCGCCCGCAUCCUCGGCGUCCUCCAGCGCAUCGUCAACCAGAGCUGCAGCAGCGGCGUCGGCAUCGGCAUCGGCGUCGGCAGGACCGACGGCGCCGCCGCCGCUUCUUCCGUCGCCCACCUCGCCCGCUGGAUCCGGUGCCUCUUCCAGCUCUCCGUCGACAGCAACGGGGCCGACGACGACCCCGACGUCGUCCCGCUCCAGUGCAUCGAGCAGGCCACGAGCAUCAUUUCCUCCUCCUGCUCUUCCUCCUCCUCCUACACAGCCCGACGAGACAGAAUCCAAGGCGUAGGUGAUGGGGAUGAAGAACAUGGAGAUGGUGGUGGUGACGACGACGACGAAGAGGCUCGUCGCCGUCGCUACCCUCAAAUCGAAGCCGAGUGGCUGGCCUCGACGGCGUUCAACCGCGGCAUCGACUUCUUCUGCGCCGGCGACGACGCGAGGUGCAAGGUCUGGGCGGAAAAGGCGAUGGGGUUGGCGAGGGUGGCCGAGGCCCAGGGCGGCGGGGGCCGGCAGAGACGUGGACGUGAACGUGGGCUGUAUCGAGAUUUGAUGGAGAGGUACAAGGGGCUGUUGAGGUGGGAGUAG